UGCGGCGUGCUUUUUUCCCAUUAUCUGGCUACCGCCAGAGUAUCAAGAAGCCAGCGACCUGAUCGACUGCGUCACUCCGCCGGGAAAUUCUACGGAUCAAGUUUUCUGGCCAGGCUUCCUUGCCGACGGUUAUGGCGAAGUUUCAAGGAAGAUGGAUGAAGAUGGAGCAGAAGGGUGAUGGACCAGGAGCCAGGAGCUCUCAUGCAGUGGCAAUUGUGGGAAGGAAGGCCUAUGUAUUUGGUGGAGAGUUCGAGCCGCGUGUCCCGAUUGAUAACAAGACAUACGUCUUUGAUCUAGAUCAAUCGGCAUGGUCCCUUGUGCCAGCAAAUGGAGACAUACCACCACCAAGGGUUGGUGUGAUGAUGGCUGCAGUUGGUCAUACUAUUUAUGUAUUUGGUGGCAGAGAUGCUGAUCACUCUGAGCUAAAUGAGUUCUACUCGUUUGAUACGACAACCAACCAAUGGAAGCUCCUAUCUUCAGGUCAAACUGGCCCUGAGAACAGGAGCUAUCACUCCAUGACUGCUGAUGAUCAGUAUGUGUAUGUCUUUGGAGGUUGUGGUGUGAAAGGCAGAUUGAAUGACUUAUGGUCUUAUGAUACCAAAGCCGGUUGCUGGAUCAGUUAUCCAGCGCCAGGGGAUGCUUGUAAACCAAGAGGAGGUCCUGGCCUUGAGGUAUGCGGUGGAAAAGUGUGGGUUGUGUAUGGUUUUUCUGGAGAGGAGCUCGAUGACGUCCACUGCUUCGACCCUAUCACCAGUGAAUGGAAGCAGGUUGAGCCAAGGGGUGACAAGCCAAGUGCCCGCAGUGUCUUUGCUGCUGUUGGUAUUGGGAAGUAUGUGAUAGUCUAUGGUGGGGAGGUAGAUCCUAGUGAUCAGGGCCAUCUUGGUGCUGGGAAGUUCUCAGACGAGGCCUAUGCUUUGGACACAGAGACACUUCUAUGGACCAAGCUUGAAGAUAAAGGCCACUGUGAGCAUCCGGGCCCGCGUGGAUGGUGCGCCUUCUCUGGUGCCCGCGGAGAAGGAAUGCUGGUUUAUGGAGGGAAUUCUCCUACCAAUGACAGGUUGGAUGAUAUUUUCUUCUUCACUCCUGUUCUCUGAUAGUUGACGAUACAACUGUUUGUAAGACUUCUGCUAAAUCGGACUCCUCUCUGAAUGUUGGGAUGCACCAACCUUUUGUAAGCCUUCUGCUAAAUAACCUUGUGAUGCUCUCCCUCUCCUGUUUGUAUCAAUAAACAAUCCCCAUAAAUUGCUCUUUUCUAUCGAA